CGUCGCGUAUCGUAUUCAACGCGCCACGCCGUAGGCCAAGAUGGCGAAUGGCGACUCGCGCCCGCGUACGUGCAAGUCGCUCGUGAUCUCGCGUCGCGGAACGGUCGGGGGAAAGUAGCGUUUCCGCGGUGGUGUGUCAGGUGCACCUGUCGUCUCCGAUGCGUCUCGCGCCCCUGAACGUGGAGCAAGUCCGUAUCUCUGCCGAUCGGUGCGACGUAUACCGCGUGCACGGCACGGACGUGAAGGGAGGGGGGGUUAACCGGGACGACGAACCGCCUCGGCACGGCCGGUGAACGAUAAUUGCGCGUUGGCGGCAGCGAGCAGAUGCGAUAUUCGACGUCGCGUUCGACCAGAGACAUUUCCGAAAGAGGCGUCGCGUGCGUUAAAUAUCCGUAAGUUCUUUUGCGUACUUCAGUGCUCGUUCGCGGCUUUGUCCGCGAUCGCAUUCCCGAGUGUGGCGGCGCGUGUGUGCACGGAUGUGUAUGUUGUGUUCGCCAUAAAUCAGUGAAAAAUGUCGAACCUAAAGAAAACCGAUAGUUGUAUACCAGAUACUCAAGAGACCUAUUACGAAGGUGCUAACGAGGGUUCUAAAGAGGGAAUUAUUAACGAAACUCAGAGUUUAGCCUUUACUGAAAGUCAAGAUUUUCGACUUGUUGACUCGGGAGGAGAUGACAGUAUAAUGGAAAGAAUGCAAGCAACGCAGGAUGAAAAGAACGAUCAGGAGUCAAUCAAGCGGUCGGAUUUACAAAUCCAGGAUGCGUCGCAAUUGGUGGCAGAUAAUAAAGCAGUGACGGCAAACGAUAGUGAAGACGAGAUUAUCAAGAACAAAGAGUUGUUAGAAGAUGAAUCUGUUAAAAAGACUGAGAAAGCUAUAUCUAGCGAUGUACUUGAUUCAGAGGAGAAAAAAGGUCCUCUUAAAGAGGAUAUUCAAGAUGUACCUCCCCUAAGCAGUUCGCCAUCUCCGGGAACAGUUGGCAACGUUAAAGCUGUGGAUGCAAAACACAAAGCUGAAUCUUCCGUUGAACCGCUCCCUAAAAUCUCCAGAACGAUGUCUGAUGAUAUGCUUACAGACGACAAAGAAAGCAAAGAUAUGAUUACGGAUGACAAAGGAAACGAAACUCAAGAGUUGGUGGUGGAAAACGAGCCUAUUAAAAAGACUGAACAGGAUACACCUAGCAACGUGCGAGAUUCAAAGACCGAUGAGCUUUCCGACGAGGACGAGGUCAUCCAGGGUACACCACCUCGAUGCUACUCGUCUACAAAAUCGAUCGAAGUUGCGAGCCUGAAACGCAAAGGUAGCCCCUUCGACGAACAACUGUCCGCCAAAAUUCUCAGAAUGCCGUCCGCGGAGGAUAUGACGAGCGGCAAAAAGUUCGAGGACGAGGAGAGUCGUCAGUCUUGCGAAUCUAACGACUCGUACCAAGAUUUAUUUAAGAACGCAGAGAAGAAUAUUAUAAUAGAGGAGACCCAGGAUCCAACCAAUCAAGAAUUCGCGCAGAAAAUCCUUGAAUCGGAUUCCUUGAAAAGCACCCUCAAGCAUACAACGGAUGACGAUAAAGCACAAGAACACCGCUUCGAGCAGACGAAUCAAGAAGAGGGGGCUGAUGUCUUCUCGACGAAGUGCUGCGACGUGGAGAAGGACGAGAAUCUGAACGUUUCCGCAAGACUGACCGACACCAGUGCGAAUGAUAGCACUACCGUUAACUUCAUGAACGAGAGCAAUUCACAUGUGGAAGACAAUAAUUUAUCGGUAGAAGCGAAGGAAGACGUCAGUGUGACGAGCGUUGCGGCAGUCGACGAAAAGGCCCGAGUUCCCGAUGAAACGGCGGACAAAUCUGCAGGAGCAAAAGAUCUGGAGAUGGCGAUCGACGAGAUGGAGAAGACGCAAGAGACGCAUCGCGUGAAGCCUACUGAAAAAACUGCCGAUAAGAAGAAUGAGAAAGAGACUUCGAUCACUCAGACGAAAGCGUCCGAUGAAGCUCAGCCGAGCGUGAGAGGUCUGGCGAGCAGGUCGCGUUCCAGCGUGGAACUGAUAUGCGACGUUGGGAAUAAAUCAGAACCGGAAGUAGUGGAGAUCGAUGAGGACGACGAGAAGAUCGUGCUGGACUCGUCAGCGGAGGUGAUCUACGACCGCAAGAACAGCGCGGCGAAGCCAGAGGUCGUCGAGAUCGUUGACGAUUCGCACGAGGAUGGCGAAAAGAUCGUUCUGGAUUCGUUCGGGGAAGGGGUAGAGGUGCAGAUGUCAGAAAAGUACAAAAAUUACCACGAAGGCAAACCCGCCAGCGAUUUUAGCUACAGAUCCAUGGAGAGCAUGAAGGAGUCGUCGCUGGACUCGAAGUCGGCGACCGACGCGAAGAAGCUGGUGAAUGGCAACGCCGAAUCCAGGAGAUACGAAACUGACGUGACGCUCAGCCUAGGAUCCGAUAAUUUCUCCGAUUGCAAUACACCGCCCGCCUAUGCGGCGAAAAGUAACAGUAACGUCGCGGCGAAGAAGUCCAAGGACAUUUUCCUUGGGUCCAAGGACGUGGAUAACUCCGAACUGAUCAGCAUAAGCGACAACGAGAUGUCCAACGUGGAGGAGAAGAACAAGCCCGAUCUGAUUCAUAGUAGCGCGCUGGGCAAACCCGUACAGAUGGAGCGAGAGAUCGACAUGUACGUCAAGUUCAAGUGCACGCUGCUCGUGGAUGAGAACACGAAGGAGAUCCUCAGCAGAGAACUGACGGCAGUGCAAUGCGAAACGGGGAUCACGGAGUCGAUGUUGCUCGGCAAGCAGAAAAACGAGGACAGCCAGGCUUCGCUGGCGGAUAUCUCCGAUAACAAGGAAUCGUCGCCCGGAUCAGUGAACAGUAAUCCUCAGCUGUUUCAACUGAACAGAUUGUCCAUGGUGUCGUCCAUCAGUUCGUCCAGCUCGGCGUCGAGCGCUGCUUCUCUGGCCGCAAAGAUGAAUCAGAAAAACUUCCCCAUGCCCCUAGGUCCGGCAAAGCACGCGAAGAAACACUCGCAGGAUGUUCCGCCGACGUUGGUCGACAGAGCGUUGGACGAAACCUGCGAACGUUUAAAGCGUGAAUGGAAGAACCACCCGUUGCUCGUGACCACCAUCCUGAAUUACCUGAAUGCGGAACUGAGCAGCAGUGUCGCCGUCCCCGCAGCUUCCGUAUCGAUGGACGCAUAUGUGAACGUCAGCAACGAGCGACUGGACGAUCCUCAUCAUCCCCAUCAUCAUCUCUUAGAGAAGAAUGGUAUACGCUCAUCCACGCCGGAGGUGUCCUCGCUCAAGUUGACCACUACGCCGAGGACUACGAAGAAGAACAAAGGCGUGAAGAGGGCGAGAAGCAAGCCGACGAAAUCGAGCGUUGCACAGACCAACGGCAAGAACAGUAGCAAGAAUACCUCGGAUGUGAACAUGCCGAUUUUGCACUCUGAAGUCGAUGCUGUUGCGUCACCGAGCAGGAAGAAGCUCAAGAUAGAGUCGACGUCGGAUAGUCCGUCUGUAAAUAACGCGAACGACGUUCUGACAAAUUCGUCUCCGCAGAGCGCACCGGUCGACAGUCUGAUCGGCAGAACCGUGUUCGCCAAGUGGUCGGACAAUAAUUACUACCCCGGCAUAGCGAGCGACCGAGUGAAGGGCAAAUAUAAAGUGAACUUCUACGACGGCAAGAGCAAGGUGCUCAUACCGGAGUUCGUGAUACCGAUACCAAAGAUUUUAAGGGAGGGUUUGUCCGUGUACGCGACUUCAAAGGUAACUGGCUACGAUUCUUGCGGCAUCAUCGUCGACGUUCAAGCAAAACCGAACGACGACGAAGACGUGUAUUACACCGUCGAGGCCGAUGACGGCGAGCGACUGCACGUUCAGGUGCGAGAGAUCUCUCUCUCGAGCGACCAAGCGCAGGUGCUGAAGGAGGAAUUAAUUUCCGAGGACAACGGUUCUGUGCCGAGCACGCCGAGGGCGCUCGGGCAGGUGACGCUGGACAAUAUGGUGGACGGCAAGCGGCGUUCCAAGCGAAUCGGCACACCGAUCUUGUCCAAGUCCAGCAGCAAUCAAGUCAGAGCGAGCGGCUCGGCGAGCAAAGCCAAAGCGGAGCCCUCGGUGUCGGGUAUGUCCGGCAAAUUGAAGAAGAAGAGACUGUCGGAGAACGAGAGCAUGUCGAGCGACUCGAACGUCGAGUCGAUGCAAGACGAGUGCGUUCUGCGCGGCGUGCAGAGGGAGAUAAUCGGUACACUGUAUGAGCAAGUUGUUAAGGGACCGCAGAGUAGGAUCAAGGGCAAGCCACGCAGCAAGAAGAAGGUGGUUGAGGACGAGCAGACGAUCGCGACUCUCGGUCCAAUCCCGCCAGCGAACUCCAGCAUCUUCAAGGGCAUGUCGUUCAUCCUCACUUGCGUAUCCUUGGACGCAUUGGACAGGUAUCAGCAUUCGAAAGCUGCUUCGAGCGCCACGUCAAACGUGGAAACAGAAGCCACGGAAACGGAAGCCGAGACCGAGAACGAGGAUGACUGGACGAAACGGCCAUUCGUGCGCGAGCGUUUACACACGCAGAUCACAGCGGGUGGCGGUAAGGUGUAUGAGAAUUUCGAUCAGAUUCCGAAGGAAGAGUACAAGAACACGAAGCUCAUCGCGAAUGUGCCAAAUACUACGGCGAAAGCCAUAUUGUGCCUAUCGGUUGAUAUACCCGCGUACAAUCACAAGUGGAUCAUCAGGUGUUGCUCAGAAGGAAAACUCGUGAAUGAGGCAGAGGAGGCGCUCCCGACCGGAUGGAGCUUGUACAAGCAAGGCUACGUGGAAAUGUUCCAAGUAGCUGGAAACAAGCCGUUGUCGAAGAUCGUUGUGAUAAUCCCUAAUUUAAUAUACGACAAAGAGUUCACCACGUUCUGGCGACAGGUUUGCGAAAAUGCAGGCGCAGUGGUUUUAAUCGCUGAGCAUUCAGGAUCUAUGGAACUCGUGGAUUUCGACAGCGACGUAGUAGUCGUGUCGAACAAGAAAUGUCCAUCAUGGGCCGUGGACAGAGCGGGCCAGUUACAGAUUCCAGUAUUGUCCACCACGUGGGUGGUUCAGUGCUUGAUCGAGGGCAAGCGUUGCCCGUGCGAGCUGCAUCCGCGUUACAAAUACAACUAUACGAAUUAAGACUUCCACUUUCAUCGAUUAUGAGGAAGGCUGUUGUUUUUACACUCGUGAGUGCAUCGUCUGUAAAUAAUUUCGGAAUCCUAUAUAUAUAUGUACACAUAGUCUCUUGCUUUCUUCUGCUCAUUGCUUCAUACGUUUCACGAAUCUUGCACAAGAAACAUGGGUUUCCAAACGCCAUCUUUUUUUUUUAACAUAUUAAAUAUUUUUGAUUUAGUUGUAUUACAGGAAACAUCGUUUAUCUCCCUAUCUCUGCUUAUUCAUUUCGCUCAAUCGAUUUUAUAUUUUUUUAUCAUAAUUUUCGACAUCAUUUACUACAAAAUUAACAAUAUGAUUUAUCUGUCGAGUUAUUUGAUCUAUGAUCUCGACCGUGUCUGUAUAAUGCUACUCAAACUGCGCAAACGAGCGAAGAUGCAAUCCCGGAGAAGCGAAUGAUUUCUAUGCAUAAAAGUUAACUGAUGAAGCAUUGAGAGAAUUUGUAGUUUUGUUACAUCUGGAGUCAGGAGUGUACCAAUCAUGACGAAAUCUCGAAAUUGGUUUAAUUUCUCUUUCACGCUCCUCUAUUCACGCUAGCCCGUUAUCUCCGAAGCAUAUGCAAAGCCACAAUGUACAAUCGGGCUUGUAAAAGAGGAAUUGAUCUAACACGAGAUUUCAAUUAAACUGGCCCUUCUACAUCUGACUACAUUUUCGUAUCAUGUAAAGAGAUAAUUUUUAUACUCUCUAUUAAUUUUUACAAACAUAUUGUUUCCGCAUAUUGCCUAUUGCUAUGAAAUACAACCAAUUUUUAUGAUGUUGGAGAUAUUUUUAUGAAAAACACUGACUAUAAGGUACGAUUGACGAUGCAAUAAAAAAAACAUUUAGCAGCGCAACUAACGCGACUCGAAGUGCUAUUCGAGUUAGCCAACGAUAGCUGCACGCGCGAGUGUUUGUAUAGAUGUGUGUAUGUGUGCGUACGCGGUGAUGCAUGUAUAUAAAUAAUAUAAUAUACAAAUUUUAUUAUCAAGUAAGUUAUAGCUAUUAUAUGUACAAUGAUGUCUGGGGAUAAAAUAUAGCGACAUAUUUUGGCAAA